AAAUAUAUAAAAGUCACAUAAUCCUUCAACCUGUCUCUAACAAGGAGCACCUAAGUGGCCUUCUCUCUUUAUUUCCCCCAACUUUGAACUCUUUCACUAAAGAAAAAGAAGAAAAAACAAAGUAGUAAAGAAAAACCAUUGAGCAGUCACUUCACAAUAUAUAAUAACCCACCAACCAAACAUUUCUUGCAUCUUACAACCAAAACCAAAUUUUCAUAUCAAAAAGAGUUAACCUAUUUUCUAAAUGUGGUGUUUCCCUUGCUAGCUUUGAAGUUAUACGCAAAAAUAUCCUCAUCUGUAACUCCAAACUCUUGAAGAAUUUCUUUUUCUUGAGUUACACAUCAUGAGGAGCUUUUCAAAGAGCAAAUUAUCUCAAUGUUUUCGCCCUGUUGUUGAUCUUGAUGACAUACUUGAAUCUAAAGUUGUUGCUCAUCACCACUCAAAGAACAAACAUACAGUUUUAAAAGUGAUCAAAGCUAUGGUGUUGGAAACUUUAUUGAAUAGAAGAGCUCGUCAUAAAACUUGUUACGGCUUUGAUUGUUUUGGUGUGUCAAAAAAUAUUUAUUCAACGUAUAAGAAAGUAGCCAAAGCUACUGAAUCGUCUUUGACAGCUAUAUCUUCAGAUAGUUCAAAGGUAUCACAAUCAAAGAUCAUGUCCACCAAAGGAAAACAAGAGAAAGAUACUUGCCGAGGAAGCACAAUAAUAGAGAAGCAAAAGAAUUUUGAGUUUUAUGCAAUUUCUUUGGUACUCAUAAGCUUAGUAUUUACUGUGUUUUUUGGGAAAAUAUUUGGUAUUUUUUUGACAUCGAUAUGGAUCUUCCUUUUCUCUCUUUGGAACUCAAACUAUAUCUGCCAAAAGAUGUUGCUAUAUGGCGCAAAAUACAUGGAUGUAUAGAAAGUGAAGUACCAUAAUGAGCAUUAUUUUGGACUUCCCGAACAAAGCUUUAUGAGCCACACAUGACAGUGAAGGAACAAGUCAUUUUCAUGUAUGUUAUAAGGUUGGGAGAAACAGUUUCACAUUUAUCCCCUUUGCCUUUCCUUCAAAUUGGAUUUCCUGCAGUUACAGCAUGUAACAAGACACUGUAACAGAUCUAAGCAGUCAAAUAUUAAAUUGGCGGAUGUGAUUGUUUUACCUGGCGGAUGAGAUUGUUUUACCUAAUGAAAAUGAGUUUGAAAUGUAAACGUCUGAUCUCAAAUCAAUAGUUUUGAUCCGGUAAACACAUUAAACCGUGUGGAAAUGCUGCAGCAGCCAACAGAGAGAAUUUAUGGAAUCCGGCAUAUAGAAAGCCCAUCACAAUGUUGUAUAUAUAUGAUUGAAGUCAUGGAAUAAAGUACAGAAGUGUAGAGUUGCUGCAUACAAAGGUUGCCAAAAUCGGGAUUUUGCUUCAGGUCAAAAGAGAAAAGUAAAAUUUAAAAUCGUAAAAUCACAAUCAAAAUCGAAGAAUUUUACUUAACUACUUUUGUAGAAUCGAUAUAUGAAAUCGUAAAAUCGUAACCAAAAUCG